AAAUUGGCAAGCUGAACACGUUUGCCUCAACGUAGGGGAUUCUCUCAUCACCUCUGGCCUUCUUCUUGUCUUUGCAAAUUAAUGGAGAAUCAACGGUCUGCUCUCUUGGCGAUGGGAUUCACAAUAUUAAUGCUUGUGAUUUCUAGAUCUGUUGCAGUCGGUCAGGGCAUUAAGGGAAUUGUUGGAGGCACCGGGCGCGCGCGCUCGCCCGGAUGUAAAGGGUACGCGUGUGGAGGGAGUUCUUCUCACUGCUGUAUCGGGGCUAUUUCCGACUACUUCCAGACCAACCAGUUUGAGAGCCUCUUCUCGAAGCGUAACUCCCCACUCGCCCAUGCACUCCAUUUCUGGGACUACAAUUCUUUCAUCGCCGCUUCUGAUGACUACCAGCCUUAUGGUUUCGGUACCGCCGCCGACGGCAAGUUCUUGGGGUUGAAGGAAGUUGCAGCUUUUCUUGCCCACGUUGGCAGCAAAACCUCAUGUGGAUAUGAAGCGGCUACAGGGGAACCAUUGGCAUGGGGCUUAUGCUAUAACAAGGAAAUGAAUUCUGGCUCGUCUUACUGUGAUGAGAACUACAAGCACACUUAUCCAUGCGCCCCUGGGGUCGCAUACUAUGGCCGGGGUGCUCUGCCUAUCUAUUGGAACUACAACUAUGGAGAAGCAGGGAAAGCCUUGAAGGUGGAUUUGUUGAACCAUCCAGAACACAUAGAACAGAAUGCCACGCUGGCCUUCCAGGUUGCAAUUUGGAGGUGGAUGACGCCACUUAAGGAGCAUCAGCCUUCUGCCCACGAUGUGUUUGUGGGAUUCUGGGAACCCACAAAGAGUGAUACUUUGGCAAAGCGAAUUCCUGGUUUUGGAGCUACCAUGAAUGUCCUCUAUGGUGAUCAUGUUUGUGGUCAGGGUGAGAAUGAGGCCAUGAACAACAUGAUUUCCCAUUACUUGUAUUACCUUCGUCGUAUGGGUGUUGCCCGAGAAGAGGCAGGGCCUCAUGAAGUGCUCAGCUGUGCCCACCAGGUUGCUUUCAAUCCAUCCUCUUCCUCAUCUCCUUGACCUUUGUUUUGUUAAGCUGAUGGUUUUGGAGGAAAAUAGUUAUUAUAUAGCGUACUAAGAAGAUAUCUGAAGCUUGGACAAUCUAUUCAACUGUGUCGUCGUGUGUGAAGCUCUGUAACUUGUUUGGGUGAUUACUGGCAUUUGGGUAUUUGCUGUAUGACUUUUGAGACAAAUCUUGUUGCUUUCAAUCAAUCGUAACUAUAUAUAGUGUGGAUUGUAUUUUGUAUGUGGGCAUACUAUUAUGUAUUUUAGGUGUGCAAUCUUGGAAAACAUGUUUGUGGUGAA